UAUGUUAGGAACAUAUGUGUUUAUCAUUCAGCUAAGAAUUAACACAUUCUUGUUAUAUGUUAGGAACAUAUGUGAUUAUCAUUGAGCUAAGAAUUAACACAUUCUUGUUAGACGCGCGUUUAAUGUAAUUGGAGUAACGUUUUAGAGAGAGAAAGAUAUAUAUAUAUAUAUAUAUAUAUAUAUAUAUAUAUAAAUAGAGAGAGGAAGAGGUUUCGCUUUUGCAAGAAGUUAACCAUUAUCCUAGCAGAGUUGUCGUUCGUGCCUCAGUGGGAGUUUACGUCACUUAAACGAAAUUUAACAGCAUGGUUCGAAUAAUCGAAAACUGGAUCGAAGUUCUGUUUUUGUGUAACAUCGUUGGUAUACAUAUGAAGACGUCGAGUGGAAACACGUUAGUUGAGAAUGUGUCUAUAGAAUGUAAAAGUGAACGGUAUGGCGUAGUGUUCAAGUUUCAUGCGCAGAAGUCAACCGAUAACGUUAGGAUAGCUGAAUGCCAAUUCGGACCUGGCGCUCAUUCACAACUGAUGAACGACAGCUUUAGAAACGAAUACAAUGUAACUUAUAGGGAUAAGACUUGCAUACUGACUGUUCUGCGCGUUAAAAUAGAGAAGUGUGGGGCAUACACGUGCUCAGAGAUGUACAAUGAGACCGAAACUGUUCAGAAACAAAUAGAGUUGACCUGUCAAGAUGUUACAACAGAAAAAGAAUGCAAAGAAAGUCACGCAACGCUCAGAACAUGGGUUAUUGUUAUGGCGGUUGUAUGCGCUAUUUUACUUGGCAUAAUGGUUUAUAUGGGUUUUAACAUGUGGCGAAAAAAGUCAGACGACACGACAAAUGCAAAACGCGUACGAAAACUUUCAGAAGAUGAGACCUUAACUUUUUCACCACCAUCUAUCAAUCCAGAAGAUGAGCGCUUAAUAUCUUCAUCACCAUCUAUCAAUCCAGAAGAUGAGCGCUUAACAUCUUCAUCACUAUCUAUCAAUCCAGAAGAUGAGCGCUUAACAGCUUCACCACCCGCUAUCAAUCCAGAAGAUGAGCGCUUAACAUCUUCACCACUAGCUAUCAAUCCAGAAGAUGAGCGCUUAACAUCUUCACCACUAGCUAUCAAUCAAGAAGAUGAGCGCUUAACAUCUUCACCACCAGCUAUCAAUCAAGAAGAUAAUCGCUUAACAUCUUCACCACCACCUAUCAACAGGACGAAUCACGAAUUAGAUCGGAAAUGGAAGGACAUGGUUUAUGAAUUAGAACAGAAACAACGCAACCAAUAAGCUUCACGAGAAACCGUUGAAUACAAAGCUGGAAGAUUAGAUUGCGGAACGUUCGAAUAAGCAAUAAUAUGUACAACGAAUUUUGUUGAAACGUUCUAUCACGAAAACAGGAUGAUUUAUUCGUUUUAUUUCGUAUAGUUUGGAAUAAUACACACAAUUAAUCUGUUUUAUAUCAUGCAUCCUUGAUACAUUGUAUUCCAAUUACAUGCAAUAAUUAUAUCUCUUAAAAACUUAUUUGAAUUACCAUGAAUAGCUUAAAAUGAUAAGACGUAUAGCCAUGUUGCGCUUGUUUUCGUCCAUUAAAUUUACUUUUUCGAACUAUAAAUAGUAAUUUUAUAGUAAUGAUACUAAUAGGCCUACUAUCAAAAAAGUUACAUUUCUUCACAGAAAAUAAGAUUGCAGAAAUAGAUAAGAGAGUAGUGACUUUACAUUGAGCAAAUACAUUUUGUAGAAGUAAAAAUGGAGUAGUAAUUAUACAUUAAAAUUUAAAUGACCAA